ACCCACUCGCAGUCUCGCACUCGUCCCUCUCCCUCUCCUCUCUCCUCUCCCUACCCAGUUGCGCGAGCCGGCGAGCCCUAGCAGGCAAAAGCCAUGGCGUCCAUGGUUCUUCGUGCCGCUGCCGCCGCUCGUCUUCCCUCCCUCCGUCCUCGCCGCAACGGCAGCGGGGUGCUCACCGGCUUGAGGAUCGGGACAGGGCACUACGGCGUGCGGCUCGCGCUUUCUUCGUCCGCGGCAGCUUCUCCCAAAGAGUUCGAGGUCGCUUGCCUUCCUGUCGAUGAUAGCAGAUUGGGCCCGGGGGAAGAUUAUGUGUCUGACCUUCGCAUGGCAGACGAGGAGGAGUUGGACCAUUUCUACCGUGUUCUCGCCAUUAAGACUGACAUGCUGUUUAGAGCCUACCCUGAACACAAGCCGUUUGCAGUUUCUGAAGAGGACAAGGCCGUGCAGGAGAGGUUGAAGGAAUUUGCGAACGAAUGCAUCGACCUCCUGGAUGAUGCGUUGCGCCGCAUCCCCGCGGAGAAAAGGCGCCCACUGUUCUCGGUGUUUGGUAAUGUGUACCAGGUAUUUGCGUCAGUAAAGUGGUAUGCGGAGGGGGGGUGUGCCCAGUGGUGGAUGGCGCUGCAGAUCACGGAGGAGCUUGAGAUCAUGCGCAAGAUGGUGUCCAGCGCUUGCGGCGGCACCCCUCUUGACAGAGAGACGGUGUUCGACAGGAAGGAGGCCCUCACCGGUGUCGACGUUCAGGCGGCGCUCCGCGGCCACGGCGUCGAGAGCAACUUAUCACUGGUGAUCUUCGAGCUGAUCGACAACAUCUACAGCAAUGUCAAGUCGGACAUCGAUGACAUGGUCUUCGCUUUCACUGCUUAGACAUCGUUACCUACGUGUCCACACCACAUGGAGCUUUUCAGUCACCACCCUCAAAUCUCCAAGUGAUUAGGAUCUCUGCUACACUGCUUUUACUACCCUAACUCAAGUUUUGAUGUGAUCGGCUGCCUACAAUGGUCUACAGAAUCUACCCUAACUCAAGUUUUGAUGUGAUCGGCUGCCUACAGAAUCGAGCUUUGAGUCACUUUCCCUCUGUUGUUCGUUCCAGCUAUACUUUUGAUAAUGCAUGUGAUAAUUGGGUCGCUGCUUUUAGAACUAAAGAUGUACUCAGGAUCAUCCUAAUACCUCAUAAAGCCAAUUCUUCUUCUAACUUGUGUGAUGUAUGGAGUCCUAGCCUAGUUGUGCAAAUUCUGUCGUACCUUUAUUGUUAGCGUUGACGGCGGCUGUCGGCACCCCUCCUGUGUAUGUGAUGCCGCCACCACCGACAGUCUAGCUAAACUGAUUAGUAUCGGUAAAAAUAGAAAAACGAGGAUGAAAUCCUGAUCCAA